GAGGCAGUUAGUGUGUUGUACACGGUUCCCGAGCGCGCGUCAUGGCCAAAGCGGCCUCCCAGGGUGGUCCAACUUACCCCCUUAUCAUCAUCAUCAGCAGCAACAGUAACAACAACAACUACAACAACAACAACGCCUGUAACAACAACAAUAGCAACAGCUACAAGAACGGAGCUACAGCCAGCGAGUUGUGCUGAGUUUUGGAAGAACAGGACGGUUCAAAUCAAAGCAGGCCGCGGUCCGAAUCAAAGUAGGCGCUUGAGAGUGUUCCCAAAUACCACGGUCCGUGCCGGUGAAUCAAGUGGUUCUGAAGUUCGCGACGGUCUUGGCUCGGUGGAUAUGUGAGUGAGUGCAUUAUGAGCAGGUGUGUGAUUUAAGAAAAGUGGAAAAACAACUCUGAAAUUGCCGGAAAAAGAGGUUAGCUCGGCCUGUGAUUGAUCGCCCAAACGGUGAGCAAGUGGUGCGAGAAUUCUAUCCGGGAAAAGAAGAAAAUCGUUGUUUUCAGGAUAUUUUCCUUUCGCGUACGCAAAGGUUCAGGCGAAGCGCCCCUCGGUGAGAACGAGAGAUACCCGGAGUCUAUUUUUAUACACUAACAAGUCCAGCACGGUUAGACUGGCAGAAGAACGUAUCGAAGAAAAAGAAGAAGAAUAAGAAUACCAAAGUGCGAAACAAGAAAUCAAGAUUCAAGCGUCGGAAGUGGAAGAGCCGAAAUCGAGUGAAAACUGUGCUUGGGUGAAAAGUUUUCAAUAAGGAUAAAACACAAUCGAUCCGGAUACUCACUGCUGCCGGGGACGAUCCGCCGUCUCGAAUCCUCCCCUCGCAUCCAUCCGAGACUCGAUUGUUUCUCGGUCGGUUCGGAAAGGUGGAAAAGCAGCAACACGACAGGAUAGCACAUUCCAUAAUCGAUAUCGGAAAAGGACUGUCGAGGAUUCACGCGGAUGUGCUAAAAAUAGACUUACAAAGCGAGUGAUUGCCCAAAGCGAAGAAGUGUGAGAGUGUAGAAAAACGGAACGGAAACGGACAAUCAGAAAAACACACCAAAGCAGGCCGACUGACGGCAGGUGAAAAAAAUUCGAACAAAGAAGGCGGUGAAAAAUCGAGCCUCCCCGCAGAUCGAAGUUGGCUUUGAACCUGUUGAUUAUUAACUUGUUACGUGUGCGUGAGUGCGGUUUGCCAGUUUCACCGUUUGGGAGCGCACACGCAAGGUCACCCGUGUACGUGUGAUUGCCUGUCACUGCUCCUUCCUCUCUUUUUCUCCAAGUCCGCGUCUUUCAUUCACUCACUCUCUGUCCCGCGCGCGCGUUUUCCCAAUCCAUCCAUCCUAGAAGUUCGCUCAAGAUAAACCCCCCCUCGAGAAACUGAGAAACUGUACAUAGCCUCGCUUAAACCAAACCCCCGGAAACCCAACCAGCCAUGUUCCGUGAAAUCCUACCGAUCCUGGCGUACAUGAGCGUGCUGUCCAGCACAUACUCCCUGCACAUGGCCCGCGAUGCCUACAUCAAGGCACCGCCUCCGCCUCCCGCCGCAGCCGCCCAGCUUCUCGAAGAGCUGGACGACAUGUCCGAGCUGCUGGCGGAGAACAGUAUUCCCGCUGGGCCGCCACCUCCCCCGGUAGUAGUCCUGCCGCACAUGAAACAGCCCUCGUUGUCAUCGUCCCAUCACCACCACCAACAGGUGCUGCAACAGGUGCCACCCCAAGGCGAAAGAACCCCGCACGGGGUUGUCGUAAUCAAUCAUCUAACCAGUAACGAACUGCCCGAACUCAGUCCGCCACCGGUGCGUCAUCCGGUCGGACCGCUGAUCCAACCCCGCGGCCUCCAGGAACUGUUCGGAGUCCAAACCAACUACGACCUGCGCAACUCCCAACAGCAACCGCUGCAGCAGCAGCAUAAUCCCAACGACAACAACCACAACAACAACAACAACAACGAUCUAGGCAGCGACGAAGAUCAGUCCCAACAACAGCAACAGCGGAAUCCCAACAACAACAAACGAUCAUCGCACAGUAAUAGCAAUGGGGUGGGAGGUGGAGGUGGCAGUUCCAUGGAGUCCACUGGCGGCGGCGGAGGGGGCCCAAUGGACAGCAGUAGUGGCGGUAGCAGCAGUAGCGGCAACAUGCCGGCGAUUCCGCACAACGUGGCCAGCCAGCUGAUGCUGCGCAGUGCCCGAGGCCAGCGGCAGUACGACGUCCCGCAGAUCGAAUGUCCGCCCGCGAUGGACGGAAUGGAACGAUUUGCCUGCCCAACGCCAGACAGACAGGGUCGGUAUCGAUGUAUAGACGACCACGUGCUCUGUGAUGGGUUUAUCGACUGCCCGGAGGGCGAGGACGAGGACCGGCAGGCGUGCAUGUUCUACAAAACGACGAAAGCACAUCUGGACGUGCUAGCCGACGCCCUUCUCAGAUGGGCGCGAGGACGUUAAGAAGCUGUAUAAAUAAAACGAUAAGAAACCAAAAUCAGAGGAAAUCAACACACGGACAAACACAUACAGACACACAAAAACCAGAACAACAACAAACAAAAGACGUCAUACUAUAGAAAGAGAAAGUAAUCUAUUUUUAAGGAUCACUGAACCGGAACCGAGGAGCUGUUCCAGAAUGGGAUGGUUAUGGUAAACAAUGGACGGAAGGCUGUAAAUAGGACAGAGACAAACUUACAACUACUUCUACAGAUUAAACAAAAGAAAACAAACAAAAAACCAAAGGUACAUAUAUAUUUGUUAAGGACAACACUCUUCAGGCAGGCAGCUGAUGCAGACUGUUAUGUGUGUAUGUAUAGAGAGGGAGUAGCAGACUCGGAAAGUGUAUAACAGGAAAACCCCGACCCGCGCAGCGAAAACGAAAAAAACCGGCCCCCAGUUGACAGAUAAACGAAAUAGGCGGGCCGAUCGCACGCAAAUAGAGGCACGUGUAAAAAACAAACAAACAAAACAAACUAUACCAAAAACUAACAAAUAGAAACCAAAAUAAAAAGCGGUGAAGGUGUAAAACACUGAGAAACACUGAACAACUGUAAGUACAUCAAGUAGAUAUGAAUGUGUGUGUAUCAAAGAGCAGAGCAAGAAAUUCAAAGCAACAGUACGUGUAGAUCCGUGAUUAUUUUUUUCUUUUUCGUUUCAAAUAACCAAUUAUCAUCAGUCACAAGGAUACCUACUCUGGAAGUAAAUAUGGAGAAGAAAAAAAAAGAAUGCUCGCCAGGCGACGAAACACGAAACGAUCAAAAACGAUAUUUUCCAUCCUGAAGAAAGCCAACCUACAAUACCCCCUACCAGGAUGAUCAGAACGAAAAUCAGACUUCAUUUUGCAAGAUUCUCCCUUCGGGAUUUCAUUUUUGAUUCCGUUUUCUCGGAAAAGCGCAAUCUCCAGUUAAUCGGUGCAACUUAACAGAAGGCAACUCAUGUAAAAAAAAACAAAACUCUACCAAUCUAUUAACAUCCAAGAUCGUAAUAAAGUUAAUGGAAUUAAGUCAAAGACAAAAAAAAAUCUUGCAGAAAACUAUUCUCAUGGACAAGGCAGCUAUAUUGUAUAGAUAAGUCACAAUUUUAACAAAGUAAAUGAAUACAACCUUAGUGAACUUUAACAAAAAACCAAAGGUCAUUCACAACUAAGAGAUAAGAACACUCACGCCAACACAAAUACAAACAUCAUAAAACACAAACACUCACACGCGCAAAACAGUGACACUUACAAAACAAUAACAACAACACAUUGUUAUAUCUCUAUCUUCAAAUAAAAACAAACAAAACAAUUCGUACUCAGAUACGACAAAAGCAGCGAAAAAGGUAUUUAAGGAAAAGAUAUCGUGCAACAUUCCAAUUAUACACACACACACACUUAAAGUCCACAACAGAAGCAUACUUAGGCAUAAGUACGAACGAAAGCCAGGGGUCUACCAGCCGAUAACCACACAAAAACAAACACACACACACACACAAACACACUUGCCAAAAUUAAAAAAAAAAACGAUGUGGGGCCCCUCGGCAGCGAGCUACCGUCAACAAGCUGUAAACAAUACAAAGAACAAAUGAAAAAAAAAAUGAAUAAGAAGUCCGCGAAGAUCUUAUUUUAGUCAAAAUUUUAGUUACUAAUUCAAGAGACAAAUUCUGUUCCAACGUGACAGGUCGUUUUUGUAAAUAGGUAAAUAAACAAGGAAAAUAUGAAAUGACUAUACACGCACUCUCAGCACGCACGCACUCGUGUAAAAAGAUUUUUAAGAACUGCACAUUGACACUCACACCAACAAAAAAAAAAGCACAACAAAAAAAAACAAAAUCAACUCACCUUCAAACUUGACAGCAAAACGAUAAGAAACGAGAAAUCUCUAUGUUUUUUUUCCCAGAACUCUUGAUCAAGUGUUUUUGCCCUUCCGUUCCUUUUUCAAAACAAAUUCGUGUCUUUCAAAUCAGAGCCUAUACUGAGCGGGACGACGACGGCGGCGGUCCCGGGCGUGUUGCAGGAAUAGUGACAAAAUAAUAUGUUAAAGUUGCGCUGGCGAAACAAAUCGUGAUACACUGUGUUAGGGAGGUAAAUCUGUGAGCGGAGAAAGAGCUGUUAUUGGACUCGUUGCGACGAGCCUUUGUUAAGAUCCGAUGGUAAUUAAGCAAAACAAAACAAACUGGAAUAUACUGUGACUGAAUAAACGAAGAAGUUAAUUGCAGUGGUUAAUGUUACUAGGAAUGCAAAACUAAAAAAAAAAAACAAAACAAACAAACACACGAAUGUUAGUUAAAGCGUCAAAAAUACUACUCAAACUAAACAAACAGAAAUCUGUGAGGUAAAGGCAAGUGAACAGAGUGGUUGGGGGGAGAUUAUUUUAAAUUGUUUUAGUUUGAUGUUUCCAUGCAGCAGAAACGAAUUAGUGGGCGAACGCAAAACAAAAUGGUGUCCAGUUGCAGCUAUAACCGAAACAAUGUGUAAACAAUCAAAUUGUAAAAAUAUUUUCUAAGGCCGUACACACUUGACAAACGGAUUGGUUGUGGAUAGGAGAGUUCAGUCUUGGUUAGUUUCUCCUUUCGAGAGUUGCAACUCACACUCACACAGAUUCGAAUCUCAAAGCAUACAAAGAAACACACACACACAAUUAAGGCAACAAGUCAAAACCAAAGAAAUUCAAUUUAAAAAAAAAAACAAGCAAACAAGUAACACGUGAAAAAUAUAAAUGUCUAUUUGCACAAUAUAACUUUAACUGAAGGAAGGAAUACAAAUUUUAACACACGAAACCAAACAAAUGUAAAGAUCAAACACCUCAGAAAACAAUCUCUCUUUAAUGCGAACAGUGUCAGUGUUAAUUUGUAUUUAGGGGCAAGCCGAUGAUCUCAACGUUCUCAAACUUUUUCGUCUAAGUAUUUACGUCAGAACAAAAAUCACUCAGAACAAAAACAAACAAAAUAAAAACCGAAAAAAAACACGAAGAAAGCAAAUAACAAACCACAUGUUGCAACAACAACUACAAACACAAGCAAACAGUGCAAGAUUUAUUUGAAUACCCACCUUUAGGUUAAUUUUUAUGCGCUUUUUAAAGUUAACAGGCGAAUAGCAAACCAAAACCCGAACCGCGACAAACAAACAAAAAAAAACUCGAGCAAACGACAACAAAUGCACGCCGUUGUUGUCACCGCGCAAUCCAAACGCGACAAAUGUGGCCGAAGCCGAACAGGAACGGAAAUGUAAACAAAACACACAACUUUC